AUGAAGACCAUCAUUUUCUCUUUGGUCUUUUUUGGAGGUGUUCUGUACGCUUCCUCAUUUAGCCAAAAUGAAAAGGAGGAACUUAAAGAGUUUCAAGAGGAAAUAAAAAAGGAGCUCCGAGCGAACGUCACUAAGCUUAUUGGUGAGCUGAAUACCGCAUUGGACAAACAUAUUGCGAUUGCCGACGACAAGUCCAAGAGUCUCGUUCAAAAGGUCAAAGAUCUUUUGGAGCUAAGAAAGGAGAAUCCGAAGGCGUUCAACGUAUUGUGGUCAAUGUUCGAGAGAUUCAUUCCGCCCAAACUUUUCCAUAAGAGAUAUGAAAAUCUCAAUGAGACCGAAAAGGCAGAAAUAGAUGAAAAGAAAAAAGAGGUCCGGGCGAAAAUCAGAAAGCUCAUUGGUGAAAUGAGUGCAGUGUUGGAUAAAAGGACUGCAAUUCACGAUGACAAGUCAAAGACUCCCAAAGAGAAGCUGAAGGCUCUUUUGGAGCUGAGAAAAGAAAAUCCAAACGCGAUCGAUAUUUUGCAUAUCGCCUUUAUGCAAUUCCUUCCAAGAAACAGACUCUUUAGAAUGGGAAGAAAACCGUCAAAGCAACUAAAUGAGGCCGAUAAAGCGAGAAGGGAAGAGAUGAUAAAAGAAGCUCGAGCGAACGUCACCAAACUCUUUAGUAAACUGAACGCAGCUAUGGACAAACUGAUUGCAAUCGUUGACGACAAGUCCAAGACUUUCAAAGAGAAGGAAAAAGCUAUUUGGGAGCUAAGAGAGCAGAAUCCGAAGGAGAAAGUAAGCGAUAUGAUAAAAGAAGUCCGACCAAACGUCACCAAGCUUAUUGGUGAAUUGAGCGCAGUGCUUGCCAAAGGCAUCGCAAUUCUCGACGACAAUUCAACGACUCUCAAAGAGAAGGUGAAGGCUCUUUGGGAGCUAAGAAAAGAGAAUACAAAGGCGGAACUUGAGAAGGCAAUAGAGGAGAUAAAUAAAGAAGUGCGGGAGAACGUUACUAAGCUCAUCGAUAAACUCAACGAGGCGAUGGAAAAGCAGAUUGCGAUUGUUGACGACCGGUCAAAGUCUAUUGCAGAAAAGCACAAGGCUCUCUGGGAACUAAGAAAGCAAAAUCCGAAGGCGAGAUGGGAGGAAAUAAAAAAGGAAGCUCGGGCAAACGUCACCAAGCUCAUAGGUGAACUGAACGGAAUGUUCGAUCAAACGAUUGCCAUACUCGACGAUAAGUCAAAGACACAAAGAGAAAAGCUCAAGGCUCUCUGUGCGUUAAGAAAAGAGGAUCCGAAGGCGUACAACGUUUUACGGACCGUCUUUGAGCAGUUCAUCCCAAAACGGAUGCCUUUUCUGCAUAGUGGGCCGCUUGGAGGACGACGGGAAUCUACCUGGGUAGGACUCAGACCAAGACCGCGCAUCUUACGGCCAUGCCGAUGGCAUUUUAGUAAAAAACAUGAGGAUCUCACGGAGGCUAAAAAGAAGGCAAGACGGGAUAAAAUGAGAAAAGAAGCGCGAGCAAACGUCGCAAAGAUUAUUGGUGAACUGAACGAGGCUUUGGACAAACAGAUCGCGAUCUUCGACGACAAGUCGAAGACUUUUGAAGAAAAGAUGAAGGCCUUUGCGGAGUUACGUAAGAAGAGUCCGAAGGUGUAUCACGUUCUGCGGUUGAUCUUCAAGCAGACCGCUCCGAAGCAGCCUUUCGAAAAACAUGAGAGUCUCAGCGAGACAGAGAAAGCGGAAAUCGAGAAAGUCAGAGAUGAAAUAAAAAAGGAAGUCCGAGCUAAAGUCAUCAAAAUCAUUGGUCAACUAAACGCAGCGUUGAGUAAAACAACUGCAAUCCUUGAUGACAAGUCCAAGACCGCCAAGGAAAAGCUCGAGGCACUUUGGGCGCUGAGAAAGGAGAAUCCUGAGGUGUACGACGUGCUGGGGAUUAUAUUCGAAGAAUCUGUUCCAAGAUUUGGAUUGUGGAGAAGAAGACUGUGA